UUCGUAUUUUUCAUCAGGUGUUAAUCGUCAAUAUCAAACACAAUGUGUGUCUACAAAGUUUUAAUUUUUGUUUUUAUUGAUUUUUGUACCGUUCAUUGUCAGAACACAACUAACAUAACGGACCAGAAAACCGUGACCGACCUGCGGAAUAGAGUGUCCUUAUUAGAGAGAACUAUUGAAAAAAUGUUAACCGGAAAGGACAACGUAAACAUUACAACUAUUAAUAGGGCCAAAAAAGGAGUCCCCAUGUUCAAUAACACACCCGUGGUAUUUUGCGCUUCGUCUAGUAGUAGUGUCAGCGGAAUUAGCGAUGGAUUCAUCCUAAAAUUCUCUUCUGUCAACAUCAACCUGGGGAACCACUACAACCCGACCAAUGGAAUCUUCAUCGCACCUGUUCACGGCCUUUACAUGUUCCACUGGACAAUGCAAUGUUACUACAGUGGCAGUAUACAUUGCAGUACCGGUCUAAGAGUUAACAAUGCACUGAAAGGUCAAAUACGAUCUGGUGAAGAGGCUAGUGGUUAUCUCCAUAUUGGAUCCAACACAGUGUUCGUAGAGGUUGAAGCAGGAAACCAUGUUUGGAUUGAAAAUGAGAGCUAUGAUAAUGUCUACAUUUAUCAUGAUUCAUCAUUUGGAGGAUUGCUUUUGCGGAUCCUUUAGACAAAAUUGAAAAUGUUUUAUGGUAACUGUGUGGUCGAAAAACUAUUACCACUUCGCAUUUUCCAAUACUUUCUUGGGAAAACUGAUGCAACUACAUAUACAUGUGGUGUCAUUGUAUGUGACAUGAAUCAUAUAAAAUGUAUCGUUAUAUAACAACUGAAGCAUCAAUUGUUUUCCUCAUUUUGAAUUUUUGUUGCACAGAGUAUCUAAAACGCAUCAAA